AUGGCGAGGGCAGCAUCCAUUGAGCGCCCGCACGAAGCCGUGGUCGAAACACCGCACCAAGGGCUUAGCACACGUGCGAACGACACCAUUGCGCAGCAACAAGCCGUGAUCCACGAACUAGUUGCCAUCAACAAGGCACUUGGUCUACGUGUUGCUGCCGUUGAAGCACAAGUCGGUAUUGGUGCGGCUCCAACACCUCCCAUCGCCAUGCCAUCACACGAAGCCGAAGCCACCGUCCCAUCGAAACGCCACAAGGCAGCCGCCACGUCCUUGGCAGACUUGUGGUUCGAGUGGUACGCUCGAGACCCCCCCAUGUGGCAGGUUGGCGCAGACCGCAAGAAGAAAUCCGAGGCGAAGUUGGUCGUUGGCUUCAUGAAGCUUUUCCUCCACGAUGGUCUUGAGUUGGAUCCCAACGCACCAUCCUAUCGCGACGAUGUCUUGCGCUUCGGAUCGCUCGCCGACCAACGCGUCUUGAGUUUCAUACACGACAUUGCGCCAAAUGUUCGCAGCAGUGGGUCGGUACUGCGUGUCCUGCGCGAGCAACACCGCAUCGGGGCACUCAAUACAAACAUUGGGUUGUUCAAUGCAAAAGUCACACAAGGUGGAAUCAAAGACCCGACUCCAAUUCAACAUGUAGCCACCAUAUUAGUAGUCGACAACAUAUAA